AUGAAGUUAAAUAUAGAUGGUUUACUUGUUUAUAUGCCAUAUGAUUUUAUUUAUCCUGAACAAUAUAAAUAUAUGCAUGAACUUAAACGUGGUCUUGAUCAUAAAGGUCAUUGUGUACUUGAAAUGCCAUCAGGAACUGGAAAAACUAUUACAUUAUUAUCACUUAUUAUUGCUUAUAUGAAACGUUAUCCUGAUCAAUAUAAUAAAUUAAUUUAUUGUAGUCGUACAGUACCAGAAAUAGAAAAAGUUAUGUCAGAAUUGAAACGUCUUAUUUCAUAUUAUGAAAAAGAAUUAAAUGAAAAGCAAAAAUUUGUUGGUAUUGCAAUGAGUUCAAGAAAAAAUUUAUGCAUUCAUCCUGAUGUUAGUCAAUUACGUUUAGGCAAAGAAGUUGAUAGUGCAUGUAUGAAUUUAACAGCAUCAUAUAUACGUGAACAAGCUAAACAAGAUCGUUCAAUAAAAACAUGUUCUUAUUAUGAACAAUAUGAUAAAAAUGGACGAGAAGAAAGUAUUCCAUAUGGUGUUUAUAAUUUAGAAGAUAUGAAAUUAUACGGUAAAACAAAACAUUGGUGUCCUUAUUUUCUUGCACGUUAUAUAUUAACACAUGCAAAUGCUAUUGUUUAUUCUUACCAUUAUUUAUUAGAUCCAAAAAUUGCUGAAAUUAUUUCAAAAGAAUUACCAAAAACAUCAAUAAUUGUUUUUGAUGAAGCACAUAAUAUUGAUAAUGUUUGUAUUGAUUCAAUGUCAAUAACAUUAACACGUAAAAUACUUGAACGUGCACAAACAAAUGUUGAAAAUUUAAAAGUAUUAGUACAAAAUCAAAAACAAAAAGAUGCAAGUCGUUUAAAAAAUGAAUAUGAAAAUCUUGUUAAAGGUCUUCGUGAACAAGCUAUACAACGUGAAACAGAUGUAAUUUUAACAAAUCCAAUAUUACCUGAACAUGUUUUACAAGAAAAUGUUCCAGGAAAUAUUCGACAAGCAGAACAUUUUCUUAUAUUUAUUAAACGUUUUUUAGAAUAUAUGAAAACACGAAUGAAUAUUCAACAUGUUGUUAAAGAAUCACCACCAUCAUUUUUAAAAGAUUUACAAGUACGCGUUUGUAUUGAAAGAAAACCAUUAAGAUUUUGUUCAGAACGUUUACGUUCAUUAUUACGUACACUUGAAACACGUGAUAUACAUAUGUAUCAACCUUUAAUGUUACUUUGUAAUUUUGCAACAAUUAUUAGUACAUAUACAAAAGGUUUUACAUUAAUUAUUGAACCUUUUUUUGAUAGUAAAUCAACAGUUUAUAAUCCUGUUUUACAUUUUACCUGUCUUGAUUCAUCUAUUGCUAUUAAACCAGUUUUUGAUCGAUUUCAAUCGGUUAUUAUUACAUCAGGUACACUUUCACCUAUUGAUAUGUAUCCAAAAAUUCUUUCAUUUACUCCAGCAAUUAUGGAAACAUUUACUAUGACAUUAACACGUCCAUGUAUUCUUCCAAUGAUAGUCACGCGUGGUAAUGAUCAAAUAGCAAUAACAUCAAAAUUUGAAUUGCGUGAAGAUCAAUCUGUUAUUCGUAAUUAUGGUAUAUUACUUAUUGAAAUGUGUACACAUGUACCUGAUGGCAUUGUUUGUUUUUUUACAUCAUAUAUUUAUAUGGAACAUGUUGUUGCAACGUGGUAUGAAUUAGGUAUAAUAGGACAAAUUCAAAAAUAUAAAUUAUUAUUUAUUGAAACACCUGAUAGUAUUGAAACGUCAUUAGCAUUAUAUAAUUAUCAAAAAGCUUGUGAUAAUGGUCGUGGUGCAGUUUUAUUAUCAGUUGCUCGUGGUAAAGUUAGUGAAGGUGUUGAUUUUGAUAAUCAUCUUGGUCGAUGUGUCAUAAUGUUCGGUAUUCCAUAUGUUUAUACACAAUCACGUAUAUUACAAGCACGUCUUGAUUAUUUACGAGAAAAUUUUCAUAUACGUGAAAAUGAUUUUUUAACUUUUGAUGCUAUGCGUCAUGCAGCACAGUGUGUUGGUCGUGUAUUACGUGGUAAAAGUGAUUAUGGUAUUAUGAUAUUUGCAGAUAAACGAUUUUUACGUUCGGAUAAACGACAAAAAAUUCCAAAAUGGAUACAAGAAUAUUUAAGUGAUAGUUUAGCUAAUUUAUCCAUAGAAGAAUGUGUACAGAUUGUUAAAAAAUGGCUUAAAGAUAUGGCACAACCAUUAAGACAAGAAGAUCAAUUAGGAAUAUCAUUAUUAACAGAAGAACAUCUUUUAUCAAAUGAAGUUUUAAAACAUCUUGAACAAAGUUCUUCUAAUGUGAAUUCUACAACACUCACAACAACUGUAAGUCCAGAUCCUAUUCGAAAUAAUGGUGAUGCCGGUGUUUAUGUACCAGAGAAACUUGCAAUUGAAAAUCCUAAUAUACAUUAUGGCAUUGUUAUUGAUUGUGGAAGUAGUGGAUCAAGACUUUAUAUUUAUAUUUGGCCAGAACAUUCAGGAAAACCAAAUGAAUUAUUACAAAUUAAACAAUUACUUGAUAAAAAUGGGGUACCGGUAGUUAAAAAAAUUGAACCAGGUCUUUCAUCGAUGGCAAAAACGCCGAUGAAUGCAACUGAAUAUUUAAAAUCAUUAUUAGAUUUUGCUGCAAACACAAUUCCAUCUGUUAAACAUAGUGAUACACCUUUAUAUAUUCUUGCAACAGCUGGUCUUCGUUUAUUAGCACCGAAUCAACAAAAACAAUUACUUGAAGAUUUAUUUAAUGAUAUUGUACGUGAUUAUAAAUUUUUAAUUGAAAAUACACAUAUUCAAGUUAUCCCUGGUCGACUCGAAGGUUUCUAUAGUUGGAUAGCUAUUAAUUAUGUACUUGGACGUUUUCAAAAUAAUAAUACUAAAUCAAAAAUAGUAACUAAUGAUAAGUCGAAUUUGAAUUCUAAAGGACGUCCAACUACUGUCGGUGUUCUUGAUAUGGGUGGUGCUUCAGCACAAAUUGCUUUUGAAGUUUCAAAUGCUACACCAGAGAUAGGCGGAGUAGAAGAAUUUUCUUUAGGUUAUGAUGAACAUCAAGAGGCAUUUAAAUACAAAAUCUAUGUUAGAACAUUUCUUGGUUAUGGUGCAAAUAAAGCAUUUGAGAAAUAUAUUGAUCGAAUUAUUUCAAUCGGUCUUCGUUCGUCAACAUUAGAUUCUCCUCAUAUUCGAAUUAAUGAUGCUGAUUGUUUACCUCGUGGCUAUUCAACAAAUUAUACAAGAAAUAAUAAGACAAUAAUAAUGACAGGUGAAGGAGAUUUUGAAAAUUGUGCAAAACAUUUAGUUACGUUACUUAAUUUAAAUGCAACAUGUCAAAGAAAGCCAUGCUCAUUAGAUGGAGUUUAUCAACCACAAAUAAAUUAUGAUUCACAAGAUUUUUAUGGAUUUUCAGAAUUCUGGUAUACAAUGCAAGAUAUUUUAAAAAUUGGAGGUCCAUAUACACGAUUAAGUUUUCUUAACGCAUCAACAAAAUUUUGCAAUGCAAAUUGGAACGAUAUUCAACAAUGGUACGAUGAGAAAUCACAUCCAAGUAUUAAUUUAGAUCGUUUAAUUUUACAAUGUUUUAAAUCUGCAUGGCUAUAUGCAUUUCUUCAUGAUGGUUUGAAAUUUCCAAUGGAUUAUCAACGUUUACGUUCAGCUUCACUUGUAAAUAAUAAUGAUGUUCAAUGGACACUUGGUGCCAUACUUUAUAGAACUCGAUUUUUUCCAUUAAAAGCAAUUAAUCGCAUGAAUAACAGCAUGUUUAAUCAUGGAUCAUAUACAAAUUCAAGAAGAAUAUUUAUUUUAAUAUGUAUUACAUUAACAAUAUUUUUAUUCAUAUUUGCUGCACAGAAAAUUCGGUCAUUCAUGUCUCGUCGUAAAUAUUACCAUUCAUCAUCUAAUGCGUUUAACUAUCGUUAUCAAUUGUUAACGUCAUCAGGUUUUGAUGCAUAA